AUGAUUUUGCUGUCCAUCCUCAUCCUACUGGCUCUGUGCGGGCCUGCACAUGGCACCUGUGGACAGACCUGUGGGCUCCGGCCCAUGGGUACUACCGUCAGCUCAACACGUGUUGUGGGUGGCACAGAUGUCAUGCCAGGGAUUGGGGCCUGGGCAGGAAUUGCCAGUGUCCGUUGCUACUGGAACCCACCGGUAUCUGUGCAUAUCUGUGGAGGCACCCUCGUCAGCCCACAGUGGCUCCUCACAGCUGCCCACUGCUUUAUCAACAUCACCAAUCCCCUCAGCGAGUGGGCCAUUGUGCUUGGGGCCACGUCACAGGCUCAGUCAGGCCCUGAUGUGGAAGUGCGCCGGAUUAAGCGGCUGGUCUUGCACGAAAAAUAUCGUCCUAAUCUUGAGCAUCACGACGUUGCCAUGGUGGAAUUGGACCGGCCAGUCCGGUGCAGGUCCUCCAUUCAGCUCGCCUGCCUGCCUGGUCCUUCGGUGAAAGUGUCAGAGCUGAAAAACUGCUACGUUGCUGGCUGGGGUGACAGAAUUGUAAAAGCAUCAGGUAAAGAUAUCCUGCAGCAGGCCAAGGUCCAAGUCGUGGAUAACCAGCUCUGCAACAGUAGCGAGUGGCUGCAAGGCUACAUCCAUGACUUCCAAGUGUGUGCUGGGCAGGGCGGUGUUGGCACCUGCCAGGGUGACAGUGGGGGACCUCUUGUCUGCCAAGAUAAGAAUGCUGGCUUCUUCUGGCAAAUUGGUGUGACCAGCUGGGGAGUAGGCUGUGCCAGACCUAAACGGCCUGCAGUCUCCAGUUCCACUCAGUACUACUACAACUGGAUCUGGAGCAAGAUGGGAAGGAAGCCAGCACCAGCAACUACUCCAGCACCAGCACCAACCUUAACGGCAGCCCCCGCAGUGACAAUAACUCCAAGACCAACACAACCCUGUCCAUUUCCACGUGAAAAGCUGCUGCAAUUCUUUAAUAUGCUGAAGGAUAUCUUGCGGUACCUAAAGGGAAAACUGUUCUGA